AUUCAUUCGUAAAAAUCAAAGAUUGUAAAUGAAAAAAGUCAAAAAAUAAAUAAAUUUCUCUUUUCGAAUCUAUCUUUUGGUUUCCUUGUACCAAAAUAUCAUUGCUUCAUAGUUUAUCCAUACAAUCAAUCUUUUUGUUUUUAAUACCAAAAAGUUAUGCAACCAGAAUAUUUAGGGUUUGAUUAUCUGUCUCAUCAGUUUCCUUCAUGGGUUCUUAAUUUUAUUCAAUCCUUUUAUUUGUCACAUUAGUUCCCUCGAAGGAAGGAAAUUAGAUUCUGGGUAAGAAAUGGCGGCUUCAGCAUUCAAAUCGACUACUAAAAGAGGGAAUUUUGGAACUAGUUCAUCUAAUCCAAGAACCAGCACUAGUUCUACAACAUAUAAUAAUGUAAAGGAAGAGGAUUUGAGUAGUAAAGGUAGUCUUAGAAGAUCUAGAAGUGUAAGUGCCUUGUCCAGAACUUCUUCAUCAUCCAGUAGUAUUGUUGAUUUCUUGAAUAAAAUAGAUAACCCUUUGUUUGGUAGUACUAGUACAUCACCACCAGAUUUAUUAGAAUCAGAAACUUUAAGUAGAGUUGCAAAAUUUGAUCCAAAGGCAUCCAAAUUUAAUGUAUCGGUUACGAAAUCAGACGGUUAUAUGGAUAAUAGAAGGGGAAGGUCAGUUGUCAGGAACUCUGAAUGUGUAAAUAAGUAUGGUGGUGCUCCGAAAGAAGUGAGUGGUCGAAGCUUGUCAACUGUUGAUACAGGGAGGCGUAGACGUUCAGUUUCGAGGGGACGUUAUGACAACUCUGAGAAAAGGGUUAGUAAUAUAAAUUCAAGUUCAUCUGAAGGGUUGAAUCGGACAAAGACUCCGCAAACAUGGUCUAGUCAGCACCCACAUUCGGAGUCUGCAUGUUUACCUACAGAGUGGGAUGAUGGGGUCUCCACAAGUUCAUAUUCUGAAGCUGAAGAGAAAACAAUCAAAGCUGUUUCCGAACAUAUCAAGCCUGUUGAUGGAGAUCAUCCAGCAGGUGAAGGUGGCAUAUAUGAAACUGUCCGAUUUGAAGUAAGGCGUGCUAUUUCUGAGAUCCAAGAUGACCUAAAAAAUGUGAUCCAAAAGAAGAAUCCGUCUAACAUUACCACAACCAAUGUCUUUGAUACACCUUCUGAGUUGGUAAACCCAGAUGCGGUUGAGUUAGUAUCGGAGAUCAGAAGGGAAUACGCUGCAAAGUUCCAGCAGUCGCAAGAACGGGCUAAGAAACUCCGGGAAGAUCUGGCUGUUGAGGAGCACCGUGUGAAAGAGCUGGGCAGAAUUUUAGAGGAGAUACUUCCAGAGCCAAAGAGCGUUCAACCUCAACGAUCUCGACCUAGGAGAAAAAACAGCAUUGAUAGAUGGAAGAUGUCCAAGCGUCUAACAGAAGAAGCCAUGAAUUACUUUGAUGAAUGUGUAUCAAUUUCUACCUUUGACAGUUCAGAUUUUUCAUCACCAGAGGACCAACCAGUUGUCGAUAUACCAGCAGAUCCUGUUCCACAUAGUGACAGUAAUUUUUUGUCAUCCACAAAUUCGAGUGCCUCAGCCAACUGUUCCAUCGCCAGAACCCUUGGCCUUAAUAAGGAGACAGAAGAUCAGGUUCAAAGCACACUUGACCAUCAGACUUCUGGUUUAGUAUCAGAAAGCAGUACCAGGCCACCUACUAGACAUCAAGAUAAGGUCUAUUCAGAUACAACGCCCACCAGGAAUUUGCAGUUUUCAUUUGCAUGUGCACAGACAGAAGCUGUUGGAAUACAUAGCGAGAUAAGAGGUUACAUAAAGAAAUUUGGAAAAGAAAUUAAAAAAGAUACUAAAGACCGCUUGGACGCAACGUCGGGCACCUACCACGAUGCAGAGAGUCUUUUUUUGGAUGAAAGAUUGCUGUUUGAUAAGGUUAUUUUCAAGAGUAGAAUUCAAUCUGGUGGUCUUCUUCUCUGUGCAAGUGGGAAUUCAUUUUAAGAUCUUUCUUGUAAUAUAGGAAAUCCAUGUUAGUUACACGGAUAGAUGUCCAUAUUCUGUAAUCUUUUUGUUUGUAAAUGUUGUAGAAGGAUAGUUAUUGUUAUCUAUUACUUAUUGUUGCACUUGAGUUUA